AUGUGGCCCCCCCCCGUGCCUGCCUUAAGGGACAGGGAGUGUCCAGCCCCAAAGACGGGGAACCGGCGCCCAGGAGGUGCCCUCUCCGGGUGGACGGGUAUGUCCCGGCGGUCCCGCCUACGAGGUCUUUUCUGGUCCCGCAGGCCCGGCGUGGCUUCGGGCCCCGUGCCCUUCUUCCAGUUCCGGCCGCGGCUGGAGAACGUGGACUGGCGGCGGCUGAGCGCCAUCGACGUGGAUAAGGUGGCGGGGGCCGUGGACGUGCUGACGCUGCAGGAGAACAUCAUGAACAUCACCUUCUGCAAGCUGGAGGACGAGAAGUGCCCCAAAUGCCAGUCGGGGUUGGACCCGGUGCUGCUGAAGCUCAUCCGCCUGGCGCAGCUGACCAUCGAGUACCUGCUGCACUCGCAGGAGUUCCUCAGCUCGCAGCUGCACAGCCUGGAGGAGCGGCUGCGCCUGAGCCUCGGCGACUGCGAGCAGAGCAAGAAGCUGCUCAGCAAGCAGGCGGGGGAGAUGAAGCUGCUCAAGGAGGAGUGUAAGCGCAGGAAGAGGAUGAUCUCCACCCAGCAGCUCGUGAUGGAGGCCAAGGCCAGCUAUUACCAGGGAGAAAGCCCCCAAGAAGUAGUGCUUCAGUGCCAUUUUUGCGACAAGGCCUUCAUGAACCAAGCUUUCCUACAAAGUCACAUUCAACGCCGCCACGCUGAAGAUUCUCACCUUGAGUACAAGAACAAGGCGCAGACUGAUAAGCUCCAGAAUGAGAUUGACAUGCUGAAGGAACAGCUGCAGCUUACCAGGUCUCAGUUAGAGGCUGCACAGCACGCCCAUGCAGUCAGAUUGUCGAAGGAAUAUGAAAUGCAGAAAACAAGAGAGGAAGAAUUUCUGAAGCUAUUUGAUAGAUGGAAAAAAGAAGAAAAGGAGAAACUAGUUGAUGAAAUGGAAAAAGUCAAGGAAAUGUUUAUGAAGGAAUUUAAAGAAUUAACUUCCAAGAAUUCAGCGUUAGAAUAUCAAUUAUCAGAAAUCCAGAAGUCCAACAUGCAGGUUAAGUCUAACAUAGGCACGUUAAAAGAUGCACAUGAGUAUAAAGAAGACCGUCCUCCAUAUCCCCAGGAUUUCCAGAAUAUGAUGCAACUUCUUGACAGUCAGGAAAGCAAGUGGACGGCUCGAGUUCAAGCUCUUCAUCAAGAACACAAGAAAGAGAAGGAUCGGCUCCUGUCACAUAUAGAGAAACUUCGAACCUCAGUGAUAGAUAAUCUAAGUACAAGUAAUGUUUUCUACCAGAAAAGUAUAGAAGAGCUAGGGCAGAAACUCCAGGAGCAGAAUGAGCUGAUUAUUACUCAGAGACAGCAGAUUAAAGAGUUCACCAGUAAACCAUUAAACAGUGUCAGUGAACCCAGAGGUAAUCCUUCAAUCUGGCAAACUUUUGAAUCUAAGCCAACUGCCCCAGCUGUGCCUAGAAAGAGUAAGGGAGAGGAAAAGAACUGUGGGUGGAAGAAGGAAGAAGCAGGCGAAG